AUGGCAGCCUACGAUAAAGACCUCGCUGAGAAGGGUAGGAAGAGAGAACCGGAGUCGACGUUACAGGCCUCGAUCGCCAACCAAACGGACAGGGUAGUCAUGGCGAACUCGAAAUACGAAUACGUGAAGGACUUUGAGCGGCCUGAUCCCUUACUCCCAAACACCUGGGUCAUCAUCAGAAUAGACGGUCAUGGCUUCCAUAGAUUCUCAAAGGUGCACGAAUUUGAGAAGCCAAAUGAUGCACGUGCAUUGAACCUGAUGAAUGCGGCUGCAAAAGCUGUGAUGAGUGAGUUGAGUGAUGUCGUUAUGGCAUAUGGUGAUAGUGAUGAGUACAGUUUCCUGUUAUCGAAGUUGUGCUCGCUAUACGACCGCCGCGAGUCAAAACUGAUCACAACAUUUGCAUCACUAUUCACAUCAUACUACCUUUACUACUGGUCAGAUCACUUUCCAACACCCAAACCACUGUACCCGCCUUCAUUCGAUGGUCGCGCCGUGCUCUACCCCUCGGACCAGAACCUACGAGACUAUUUCUCAUGGCGACAAGCAGAUUGCCACAUCAACAAUCUCUACAACACCACAAACUGGGCCCUGAUCCUCAAAGGCGGCAUGACGGAACGAGAUGCAGAACGUGAACUUAUGGGAAGCCGCGCAGCAGAUAAACACGAAAUCCUCUUCUCCCGUUUUGGGAUCAACUACAAUAAUGAACCCGAGAUGUACAAAAAAGGUACCGUCAUGGUAAGGGAGCCUGUCAAGGAUGAAGAGAAUGGUGAUGCGCCGUCAUUACUGCAAGAGCAUGGUGCGACAAUGGGUGAGCCAGAGAGACCAAAGUCAAAUAGACAGUUGAAGAAGGAAGCGAAGAAGCAGGCAAAGAAGGAGGAGAGGCAGGUUAAGACUGUGGUGCGUGUUUAUCAUUGCGAUGUUAUUAGGGAUGAGUUUUGGGACGCAAGACCGUGGAUCUUGGGUAAUUUGUUGAAGGCAUGAGACGAUGCAUGACUGAGAUAGACGACGAGGACGCACCGUGGGGAAGCGUGCUCGAGGCGUUCGUCGCGCCGCGGAUUAGGUCGAGUUGGGUCAUGAUGCAGAGGAUAUUCAAGUGUCGGUGGGCUUGAAGGGACCGGGAUAGAUUGAUUGAGGUCCUGUCGUAACGUUCGAAGAAGAAGGAUUAUCGCUUGUUCUAUGUGGCAGGACCUAGGGUAGCAGUCCAUUCACGGGAGAAUUGUUCGGAUUCGUUCUCAAAUUUGUCGGUUAAGGUAAUUCUAUGCAAAUGCGCG